AACAGUCCCAAAUGGUCAUUGCAAAUUUUAUGAUAAAUUUGUAGUCCGUCGUUACAUAUUUCUUUCACUACUAUACUUAAGAUUUAAUUAAUGAGGUCAGUUUUCUGCUAUUACGUUUGCUGCUACUUUUAUUUAAUUAAAUGCUUUAUGUUGGAACGGAUUUAUAGUUAGACAGAGGAAUAUGCAUUUAUUGUCCUGGAGAGGCGUGGUUUUAAUUAUUUUAAUUGGUUUGAUGGUAAAUUGGUAUUUGGACUCGCCCCUUCCUGAUGACAUGCAGGAGAAAUGGAAGGUUCGAUUCAUAGAUGCGGGGAUGAGAACAUACGGGAAUUUGCAAAGACUGUUGGUAUCCAUCGGUAUCAUUGAACCAUUUUCACCUCUGGACCGAUGGUUGGUUGACAAGUUUGUAAUCACCAUGACAACCGGACGACCUUGGGUUCAGAAAGAAGACAAAGCCCUGGAGAUUAGCGACCUAUUCACUACUGGAAACAAGAUCCAAAUGAGGAUGUAUGAACCGAAGACAACCCUUCAUCAAAACAGAAGACCAGUUUUCUUCUAUUUUCACGGAGGUGGAUUUUCACUUAUGUCAAUAGAAUCUUAUGAUGCUGUGACAAGAAAGUUAGCACGCGAUAGUGGAGUGGUGGUCAUUUCGGUCAAUUAUCGACUAAGUCCACAACACCCGUACCCCACCCCGCUAGUCGAUUGUCUGGAAGCGAUAGAUUACGUUGUAACAAAGUCACAAGAGCUGCGGAUUGAUCCAGACAGAAUUGCCGUUGGUGGAGACAGUGCGGGUGGUAAUUUGGCUGCAAGUGUGUCAUUGCGCUUAAAAAAGAAAAUCAAACUCCAGUUCCUUCUAGUGCCGGUCUUUCAGAUGUUUACAUAUAACACAACCUCAGUAAUUUCAAACAGAAAAUACUUUUCUAAAACUGUAAAUAACUUGUUUCAAGUUGUAUUUUGGACGAACUAUAUUGGGUGUGGAAGUGAAUAUAUUUUGGAUAUGAUAAGUAAUAGACAUACGUCAUCAGAACUAAAGAAAUCUAAUUACGCCACUUAUGUUGAUGAAGAAAAGUGGCUAAAUAGAAAACACAUUGAUGAAGAAUUAAAAAAUAAAGAUCUUACUCAGAAAACUGACUUUGGGUUCCAAGAGACACCCGCUUGCCUCAAAGCUAAAAUGUUAGAUCCAUACAUAUGUCCAUUGAUGGCGCGCAAAGAUAUGUUGGAAAAUUUACCACGCGCUUACGUCAUGACGGCAGGAUAUGACCUCAUUCGUGACGAUGGCAUCAUGUACGCAGAGAGGUUGAAGAACGCGGGAAUUUCUACUGAUCUUGUAAACCAUAAAUCAUCAUUUCACAACGCCUUAACAUUUGUAGAAGGUCCUUUAACUCUUGGUAUAGCCAAGCAAACAAUUCAGGAUAUAGUGAACUACGUACAGCUUCAUUUGUAAAACUCAGAAUUUAAAAUUCACUGGAUGACUUAUUAAAUUUUUAAUUAGUUUUAGAUCUAUAAAUAUUUACGACACAUGUAUGCCAUUAGCUAUAUUGCUUUUGUCCUUUUAAAAUGUUUUUUUUUUUAGUUUAAUGCUAUCCUAUAUACACCAGCUGACUUUCUUUCAUAUCAUAUCUGCCAAUUUUGAACUUUCUCACUUAUAUAGAACCGUUAUCACUUUUACCGUUGUUUGUCCACAUAUAUUAUCUGAAUACUACUGGUCACUCAUUCGGACAUUUCGUUUCCAAAAUAAUGAGUCUUGUUUUCCAAAUCACUUUGCUGCAUGAUGUGUAUAUUUCUAUAAAU